GCAUCUCCUCUGGAGGAGCUGGCUCUGAUUUCUUGACCUUCUUCUCCGGGCAGGGACCUCAGGGUGUUAAUCGGGACGGACACGUUGCGGGACGGCACGGGGGAGGUGAGGAUGAUUUCACGGUCGAUCGUCCACCCGGCCUACAACCCCCGCAAGAACGACAACGACUUCAUGCUCCUGAGGCUCAACAGACCCGUGCAGUUCAGCAACAACAUCAAGAAGAUCAGAUUGGCCACGAGGUGUCCCAUGGACGGGAUGAGGUGCAGCGUGUCCGGCUGGGGCACGACCAAGUCCCCCGGAGCCGGGACCGGACCACGCCACGGGGUGCAAGGUGGGUGGUGUCCCCCCAGCCAGCCCCACCUGGUGCUCUUCUUCUCCCCACAGGGUGACUCCGGGGGUCCGCUGGUGUGCAACGGGGUGCUUCAAGGAGUGGUGUCGUGGGGCAUGGCCGUCUGCGGGCGCAAGGGGCAGCCCGGCGUCUACUCCAACGUGUGCCAAGCCGUGCCCUGGAUCAGGAGAUACGUCAGGGGGUAGCGAGACCAACCC